AUGGUUGUAUUCCGAUCGGAUCCGUGUGGAAUAACUUGUAUUAUUUUCACUUACAUCGCAGUGCUUUACGCCGAUUAUGUCGUUAUCAGACAUCUCAUCAUUCCUUCGAUGGCGUACUCUUUAUGGGGAGCAUUUCAUGUGGUUGUCUUCAACACAAUACUCUUUCUGCUUAUUAUUUCACACUUGAGAGCAGUGUUAUCCGACCCCGGUAUCGUCCCACUUCCGACAGCAAAUAUCGACUUCUCAGACAUGCAUUCUGGAAACUGCAUUUCAAAAUCGAGUGACGGCUGGACGGUGUGUAUGAAGUGUGAGACGUACAGACCUCCGAGGGCGCACCACUGUCGCGUGUGUCGACGCUGCAUUCGGCGCAUGGAUCACCACUGCCCUUGGAUCAACAACUGUGUCGGUGAAUACAAUCAGAAGUUUUUCAUGCAGUUUUUAUUUUAUGUUGGUGUUUCGAGUCUUUAUGCUGUUGCCAUGGUGAUAACUGCAUGGGUGUUGGACCCAGCCCCCGUAGAAAAUGUCCGACAUAUAAAAUUGUUACAUUCCAUAAUAUUGGUGAUAGAAUCUAUUUUAUUUGGUCUUUUUGUGAUGGCCAUUGGCUGUGACCAGGUUUCUUCUAUUUUGAACGAUGAAACUGCUGUGGAACAUGUUAAACGAGAAGGGCACCGGCGAUAUGCGAAGACGAAAUUUGCUCUGUUUCAGGAAGUUUUUGGCAGGGGUCAUCCUCUUGCGUGGCUAUGCCCGGUCCAGUUUCAGCCCGUUUCCAUGGAGACACCGUUGCAGUACAGAGUGUGAAACAAGAUCUCAUUCCCAGUUUUUAUUAUUCCUCAUAAACGCUCAAAAUCAUUUUGAUCAAACACCACUGUGUCAUAUAGUUGACAGGGUUGAGUUCAGCCAACCGUAUGUUGCUAACACUUGCUAGACUGGUUUUUAUGCUGCACGUUAAAUGAAUGACCACCUUGAGAAUCGGUCAAAAUAGUUUGCAAACAUUCAACGAAAAACAGCUGGCAGAACUUAUACCAUUGUGCCAUAAUAGUGAACAGGGAUGAGUUCAGCCAAAUGUUUAUUACUAACGCUUGCUAGACUGGUUUUUAUGCUACACAUUAAAUGAAUGACCACCUUGAGAAUCGGUCAUAAUAGUUUGCAAACAUUUUAGCGAAUAACGGCUGGCCGAUCUUGUACCACGUAUGUGUGUUGUGUACAGUGUGUAUAUAUAUAUACUGUAUAGAAUCGAUCCUAAUCUUGUGAUUUGUACAUAUAAUAUUCACAGAGCAGGAUUGAAGUUGGCAAAUUUAAUAAAAACUAAAUUUGUGGUCACAAGUUUCAAGUGGACGAACAAAAUAUAGCAAAAUGAAAGUUCUUUAGAAUCUUACUUAUUGUCUUGCAUUGAUGAUUGCAAAAAUGAGUGAUAUAACAAUUACGUUUCUGACGGUUACGUUACGUUUAAUGUUCGGUUCCAUUUCUCAUCAAUUGUAAGUGUUAGGUCAGUGAAACAUGGUUUGUUGUUGCAUCUAUGGAUAGGGGUGAGAAAGGUUGAGAUCAUGCGAUUAGCAGAAAAAGUGUUUGGUACAAAAUAUUUUUUUGUAGGCUGAAUGAAGUAUUAUUAUGUGCCAGCAUAUCUUACAAAUCAACUGUCGGGUGGUCGGUCUGGGAUCGAUUCCAGUCAGUGGGCGCCCAUUGGGCUAUUUCUCGCUUUGGCUAGUGUCAAUUUCCACAAGCCCAGGCCACAAAUUCACUAGUGGGAAUGAGGGCUAGUGGAUUUGUCAAACUCUGUAGGAAAUAACGUUGCCAAAUUCGACUUCAGUUUGAAAUUGGUGAUUUGGUUGAUGGACACUUAAAUCAGGACUUCUAGAUUAUGGUAGCCCCACUCCUGUGGCUAGUGAUACUCAGUGUUGGGCUAGUAAAUAACUACUAUUGCCAUGCCAGUCAGGGCUUCUACAUUAUGGUAGCCCCACUCCCAUGG